AUGGCAGUGACUGGAUCCAGUUCAGACAUUCCUCAGGGGAGGAGGACCAGAUGGGAGUUCAUAAUCCUGCAAUUCCUGACAAUCAUCGUGGCCCAGGUGUGGCUGGCAGGGAACGCAGUGGUGCUCUGGCUGCUGGGCUUCCGCAUGGGCAGGAACGCCUUCUGUGCCUACAUCCUCAACCUGGCGGGGGCUGACUUCCUCUUCCUCUGUAGCGAUUUAGUUUUAGUUUUCAACUUUGAUUUUGUCGUUAGAGUAAUUCGCAGAUUUCUCUGGCCUGUGUCAAUCUUUGCCUACAUCUCAGGUCUGAACCUUCUCAGCACCAUCAGCACGGAGCGCUGCAUGUCUGUCCUGUGGCCCAUCUGGUACCGCUGCCGCCGCCCCAGACACAUGUCCACCGUCAUGUGUGCUCUGCUCUGGGCCCUGUCCCUGCUGCUGAGCAUGCUGGAAGGGAACUACUGCUCCUUCCUUAGUUGGAAUGUACAACAUGUUUGGUGCCCAGUGUUGGAUUUCAUCGCUGCUGCGUGGCUGAUUUUGUUAUUUGUGCUUCUCUCUGGCUCUAGUUUGGCCCUGAUGACCAGACUGCUGUGUGGCUCCCACUGGGUGCCGCUCACCAGGCUCUACAUGACUGUCAUGAAGGUGCUGGUCUUUCUCCUCUGCGGUCUGCUCUUCGGCAUCCACUGGUUUCUCAUAGUCUGGUUUCCAAAUGAAUCUAGUGCCCUCUUUCAUGUUUCCAUGAUGGUAGUACUUCUGUCCUGUAUUAACGGCUGUGCCAACCCCAUCAUUUACUUCUUCGUUGGCUCCUUUAGGCAGCGAUGGUGGAAGCAGAGACACACCCUGAGGCUGAUUCUCCAGAGGGCUCUGCGGGACACUCCUGAGGUGGAUGAACCUGGAGAAAGCCUUCCUGGGGAAUCCCUGGCCAUGUCGGGAAGAAGUCUGGGGCAGUGA